AUGAAGGAAAAUCAGAAGGAAUCAAUGAAUGUAGACAUUUAUCAACAGCAACAUCAAGAGCAGGAACAACAACGAAAUCAGCAAGAAGACAUCCGGCACUUGUUAUCAACAGGACUUGAUUUCAAUCAGUCACUUCAGCAGCAAGACGAUCAAAUAGACGCUAAUACUUAUUUUGAUGCAUGCUCAGACUCACUAAUGCAACACUUUAUUCAAGAUCACACGCUCUAUGUACAACGACAAAACACAAGCAAUGAUGCUUAUCUGAAUAUCCUGAAUGACGCAUCCAUCCCCACCCUACAUUUAAUGCCUCUCAGUAAUGUAAGCAACGUGACAAAUGCCAAUACGAAAGAAGACUCCACUCACCAGCAAGAUCAGCCGAAAGUGAGAGGCGAGCAAGAUGUAUUCAACGAACUACUGCAAAUGGCGGCCUCCGCCUCCUCGACAAACAACACAAGCAGCAAUUCAUCCUGGCUUAAUGAAUACAAUGAGAGUCCACUUGAAAAUUCCGUAUUCAUUACCAAGAAUGAUGAACCGAAAUUCUUUGACGAUUCAUUCCUAUCCUCGAGAACAGGCAACAUCCAUUUAAAACCGCUAGAAUCCAAUAUGAGCAACAUCCAAAGCAUCAAUACCCCUUUAACACCUAUGGAAAACGACAGCCGAAUAUACAAUUUGGAGAUAGUACAGCAACCAGAACGAGCCAGAAUGUGUGGAUUUGGUGAUAAAGACAGACGGCCCAUCUCCCCUCCUCCCAUACUAAAAUUGUCGGUUCUUACCAAGAAUGGAAUAAUCAUAGAUCCAGAAACAUUUGAUGUGUCAUUUCUAGUGGUUACAUGUGACGCUCACCAGCAAUUCGAAACCUCAGAUGCGGCUGAAAAUUUAAGGAAUGUGAAGCCUAAAAUUGACACCAUCCCAACAGUGGCCAUCGAUGAGAAAGGUAGAGAGCAAUACAGUGCCGUUCGAAUGCGAAAUCUAGCGGGUGCCACCGUGGCAUCUGCCGAGAAGCUAUACGAUCUGGACGGGAACCUAGGCAUAUUUUUCAUAUUUCAAGACAUCAGCCUAAGAAUUGAAGGCGUGUUUAAAUUGGAGUUCUCGCUGGUGGAUAUAGAAAAUCCACCAUUUUUACACUGUGUCAAUACUCACUCUGCAAGCCCUGUGCUAAAGACGAUCGAAACCAAGCCUUUCACUUCGUUUACACCCAAGAAUUUUCCCGGUGUUGUCCAAUCAACACCGCUAUCCGAGUGCUUUGCUAAACAAGGCGUCAAGAUACCAGUGCGCAAGGAGAAGGCAAAAAAACAGAACAAAAAGGUGUUCUCUACAGCGCAGUUUCUGUCAGAUAUGGACAAAGAUUGCUAA